UGAAGUUUAUUUAUUUAUUUUAUCUUUCUUUUCAAGCAGAAGCCUCAGACAAACCCUCUUUCUUUCUUUCUUCUUCUUCUACUUCAGUUAUCAUUCAUCGCGGCCGCUCUUAACCCUCCUUUUCAGGCGACCAAGGGCGGUUUUAAGAAUUUGAUUCAAAAACAUGGCGAAUUUUGCGAAACCAGAGAAUGCCUUGAAGAGAGCUGAAGAGUUGAUUAAUGUUGGGCAGAAGCAAGAUGCUUUGCAGGCUCUUCACAAUCUAAUAACUUCAAAGAGAUACAGAGCUUGGCAGAAGCCGCUUGAAAAGAUCAUGUUUAAAUAUGUAGAGCUGUGUGUUGACAUGCGGAAGGGUCGUUUUGCCAAGGAUGGUCUGAUUCAAUAUCGUAUCGUAUGUCAACAAGUAAAUGUUAGUUCUCUGGAGGAGGUGAUCAAGCACUUCAUGCAUCUUUCUACUCAGAAAGCCGAGCAGGCUCGAAGCCAGGCAGAAGCCUUAGAAGAAGCUCUUGAUGUUGAUGACCUUGAAGCUGAUAAAAGGCCUGAAGAUCUAAUGCUAAGCUAUGUCAGCGGAGAGAAAGGAAAGGAUAGGUCUGAUCGUGAGCUUGUUACUCCUUGGUUCAAGUUUCUCUGGGAGACCUAUAGAACAGUGCUUGAAAUAUUGCGGAACAAUUCCAAGUUAGAGGCACUCUAUGCGAUGACAGCACAUCGGGCAUUCCAGUUCUGCAAGCAGUAUAAACGGACAACAGAGUUCCGAAGGUUGUGUGAGAUUAUAAGGAAUCAUUUAGCAAAUCUAAAUAAAUAUAAAGACCAGAGGGACAGACCUGAUCUUUCAGCACCUGAAAGUUUGCAACUGUAUCUUGAUACAAGAUUUGAGCAGCUAAAGAUUGCUACUGAACUUGGACUCUGGCAGGAAGCUUUUCGUUCUGUUGAAGAUAUUCAUGGAUUGAUGUCCAUUGUCAAGAAAACUCCCAAGGCUUCCUUGAUGGUGGUUUAUUAUGCCAAGUUAACUGAAAUAUUCUGGAUUUCAGGCAGCCAUCUUUAUCAUGCUUAUGCAUGGUUCAAGCUAUUUUCACUUCAAAAAAGCUUUAAUAAAAACUUAAGUCAGAAGGACUUGCAGUUGAUAGCGUCAUCAGUUGUUUUGACUGCACUGUCAGUUUCCCCUUACAAUCAAACACGUGGUGCAUCACACUUGGAACUUGAAAAUGAGAAAGAACGCAACCUUCGAAUGGCAAAUCUUAUAGGAUUUAAUCUUGAAUCUAAACUUGAGAACAGAGAAGUGUUGUCAAGGUCAGCAGUUCUCACAGAGCUGGUAUCCAAAGGUGUACUUAGUUGUGCAACUCAAGAAGUGAAAGAUCUUUACCAUCUUUUAGAAAAUGAUUUUCUCCCUCUUGAUGUUGCAUCUAAGAUACAUCCUUUGUUGAUGAAAAUAUCAAAACUGGGUGGGAAGCUGACUUCAGCUUCAUCUGUUGCCGAAGUUCAACUCUCUCAAUAUGUUCCUUCCCUUGAAAGGCUUGCUACCCUCAGAUUGCUUAAGCAGGUUUCCCAACUUUACCAGACAAUGAAAAUUGAGAGUCUGUCUCAGAUGAUCCCCUUUUUUGAAUUUUCUAUGGUUGAAAAGAUUUCUGUUGAUGCUGUGAAACAUAAGUUCAUAUCCAUGAAAGUUGACCACAUGAAAGGUGCUGUGCUGUUUGGUAAUACGGGUCUUGAAUCUGACAAGCUUCAAGAUCACUUGGCUGUUCUUGCUGAGUCUUUGAAUAAAGCAAGAGCAAUGAUAUACCCCACUCCGAAGAAAGCAUCAAAGCUGGGUGAAGUUUUACCAGGGUUAGGGGAAAUUGUAGACAAGGAACACAAAAGACUUCUUGCACGGAAAUCAAUCAUUGAGAAAAGAAAGGAAGAACAAGAGCGUCAAUUAUUGGAAAUGGAACGUGAGGAGGAGUCAAAGAGGCAGAAUUUGCUGAAGAAAACUGAAGAAGCAGAAAAGAAGAGGCUUGCUGCUAUGUUUGAGCAACAACGAGCUGAAAGAAUUCGUAAGGAAAUAGAGGAGCGAGAGCUUGAAGAAGCACAGGCACUACUACAGGAAACUGAAAAGCAUUUGAAAAGGGGGAAAAAGAAGCCAAUUUUGGAUGGGGAGAAAUUAACAAAGCAAACCUUGAUCGAGCGGGCUUUGAGUGAGCAGCUUAAGGAGAGGCAGGAACAGGAGAAGAGACUACAAAAGGUUGCCAAAACAAUGGACCAUCUAGAAAGGGCAAAGAGAGAGGAAGCAGCCCCCUUGAUUGAAGCUGCUUUUCAACGGCGAUUGGUAGAAGAGAAGGUGCUUCAUGAACGUGAGCAACAGCUGGAAGUUGAGUUGAGCAGACAGCGCCAUGAUGGGGACUUGAAAGAGAAGAAUAGGCUGGCACGUAUGUUAGAAAACAAGAUGAUUUUCCAGGAAAGAGUAAUAAGUCGUCGGCAAGCUGAGUUUGACCAACGGAGAGUUGAGGGAGAGGAGAGGAUCAAACAAAUAAUUCAGGCUCGGAAGCAGGAAAGAGAUAUUAAGAGGAAGAAAAUAUUUUUUGUGAGGUCUGAGGAGGAGAGAAUCAAGAAGAUGCGCGAAGAGGAGGAGGCUCGUAAACGUGAAGAGGCUGAGAGACGAAGGAAAGAAGAAGCUGAACACAAAGCAAAAAUGGAUGAGAUUGCUGAAAAGCAGAGGCAAAGAGAGCGAGAAUUGGAAGAGAAAGAGAGGCUGAGGCGAGAAGCUCUCUUGGGAAGGGCACCGGAGGGGAUUUCUAGGCCUUCUGAACUUCCUGCUGGGUCCCGUACAACCGAGCCUGUCGUUGCGACUCCAGCUGCUGCUGCUGCUGCUGCUGCUCCAACUACUGGGAAAUAUGUUCCUAAGUUCCGGCUAAGGCCUGAAAGCUCUGGUCCAGCUCCACCUUCUGAGCCUGAUCGAUGGGGCAAGCCAGCACCGUUGGAGCCCGACCGAUGGGCUGCUGGCAGCAGGGCUCCUCCAUCACAAUCUGAUCGCUGGACUAGUGGCAGUAGGGCUCCACCUCAGGAUUCUGAUCGUUUGGCAGGUGGUGGUAGCAGAGCUACACCUCCAGAUUCAAAUCGUUUUGGUGGUGGCAGUGGGAGCAGCAAGGCAGAACCCUGGCGACCUUCAAGGGCCAGGAACCCACAACGCGGUUGAACCGGCUGCUGACCGUCAAAUGCUGGGUUGGAAUGAAUGCAGAAAUUUUUGUACUUGGGAACUAUUUAUGGUUGUCAGUGACAAAUGACAAACAGCUUUGAGGCAUAUUGGUUUUUGGGGACGUUAAGACAUGAUAAAGUUGUAUUAUGUUUUUUAUUUGUUUAUUUAUUUUUCCUUGGAUGGAUUACUGCAUUUUGUAUGUCGAACCUUUUAGACAGAGUUGUUAAGGCUGGAUCUUGUUUCUUCAA